CCCUCCACACACACUAGCCACCCGAAAUGUAUCGGAAACAUGCAGCGUUAAAAUAGUGAAAAACAAAUUAGCAAAACAACUGAUCAGUGCGGAUAAUAAGAAAAUAGCAAUUCAAAAUUAAAUGUUUCGCACUAUCGCCCAGCCAGCUCAGAAGCAGCCGCUCCCCAAUUGAGAGCACGGAGAGUCCACCACCGGCCACUUGCUCAUCCGGAUUCGCUCCUGAUCCGGAUUCCUUCUCCUGCCCCGCGCCAAAUUCGGCCUCCAUAUGACGGACGGCGAGCAGCAGGAGGCGUUGGUCAAACGGGCCGAGGACGAACGCGAGGACAUCUUCCGGCGUUACGACCUGGGCCUGGACCCCAGCAAUGUGGUGGACUCCUGGGAGAAUCCCACCUUCGAAAUCUACCACAGAACCGACAAAUAUGGCUUCAUGCACGAUUCCCGCCUGCCGACGACGCGGGAUGCCCAGGAGGUGCAUCGCACCAAGAUCGAACUGGAGCGAGACAAGAAGUGGAUGAAGAUGCUUAACCAGUGGCCACCACCUCAGGAUAAACUGCAUAAGCGCGUCUACAAGGGCAUACCGGAUCGUGUGCGCAUGUUGGCCUGGAACAAGCUGCUCAAUGUCCAACAUUCGAUCGAUACCAAUGCCGGUGUCUAUCCACGAAUGCUGCAGCUUGCCAGGAAGUACUCCACAGAAACGCGUCAGAUCGAUGCGGAUGUGAAUCGCCAGUUUCGCGACAAUCUUGCCUUUCGCGAGCGCUACAGCGUCAAGCAGUGUUCGCUUUUCAACGUGCUCAACGCCUACAGCAUCUACAACUCAGAGCUGGGCUACUGUCAGGGCAUGGCCUGUGUGGCCGGCGUGCUCCUGCUCUAUUUGAACGAGGAAGAGGCCUUCUGGGCACUAAAUAGCCUUAUCACCGACCAAAAAUACGGCAUGCACGGUCUGUUUAUUGAGGGCUUCCCCAAGCUGACGCGAUUCAUAGACCAUCAUGACCGCAUCAUGUCGAAGAUAAUGCGCAAGCUACACAAACACUUUACCAAACACAACGUUGACGCCCUGCUGUACGCAAUUAAGUGGUUCUUUGUCGUCUUUGUGGAGCGAGUUCCCUUCAGUUUGAGUUUACGCGUGUGGGACAUUUUUAUGUUGGACGGAGAUCGCGUUAUUCUGUCCAUGGCCAUCACCAUUUUGUACCUUCACAAGGACGAGUUGCUGCGCCUGAAGGACAUGGACGCCAUCAUUGAGUAUUUGCAAGUGAAGCUGCACAAGAACUUUGGCUACAACGACGAUGACGCCAUUCAGGCCCUGGAACGUGUAAUGAAGAAGCUCAAGGACCUCAAGCUGGACGUGCCGCCGCCAGCAAAGUCGAAUGAGUUCCCCACCCGCAAACUGGGCGAGUUCGUGGAGGCGGACAUGGAGAAGAAGAUCGGGCGCAGACGCAACGAUUACACAGACGCCGAGAAGCAAGUCAUAACAGAUGUGAUAUCAAGACAAGAACAAAACGCGAUUGAAGUUCAAUCCACAGUGUCCUACGAGACUUCAGAGUGCGCCACAGUUACGCUUACUGUUCCCGAGGACUCGCACUCAAUACGAAGUUCGCUUGCAGGUACUUCAGUUGCCUCGCAUGGCUCGUCGGAAACAAUGUCGCUGGAGGACAAUAAUAUUCACCUGAGAACCGCCAACAUGCUGCAGAACACUCCGCAGCGGGAGAUGCUUCUGGGCACCUGACGUCAGCUGCCGCCUGCGUCCUCCUCCGCGCAGGCAGCUGCAGAACACCGCCACACGUUAACCACAGCCAACUCAACGGGAUUAGCCGUGGCAGGAGGAGCAUCGGGGGUUAGCCCCACCACUUCGCCAAGAGCCACGCCAACACCGCCGCCCGUGCCGCCGAGAUCUCCGCUAUCGCUGGGAUGACUAGCAAGGCAAAAGGAGGCGGCCAACCAGAGCGGGAUCACCUAGUUCCUGGUCCUAGCCGUCGCCUGCCAUUGCUUAGCCUUAAGUCUUCUAGCCCUGCCACCGCUGAAACCACUAGAACUAGGACUACCUUAGGAAGUCGGAUCAUUGGUCGACUUCCAGGAGUCUACACUCAUUGUACAUAUGCCGCGGGAAAACGAACUAUGCUUGCAGAGAAGCUUGGGACACGACCUGGUAGUAGAACCCGCUUGUGGGGUAGAUGCGCCAAACUAAAUUUACAACAGUUACGAGUUAAACAAUUGAUAAAAAAGCAAUCGAGAAUUAUAUACGCAAAAUGCUAAUGGAACAAUAUUUAAGCAAGAGCAAAUCGUAUCUAAUACAACUACAAAGCGGUUAGAAAUCUAUUUAAUUGCAUAUUGAAUUCAACUUAAGCAUAUAUUAUAGAAAUUGUUGUAAAUUGUACUUGUAUAUACGUACCGAAGAAAAUACAAAGCAACGUUAAAAAGUUACGUCCAUGAAAUGCAAACGAAUGUAAAGGCGAAAUGCAACCAAAAAUUAAUUGAAAGCUAUAGAUAACAGAAUCGAAUGAUUACGCUAGAAUAUAUGUAUAGUUAUACCAGCAUAGCAGUACACGACCAGAACAAACUGACAAAUGAAAUGAGUAUUUAUAUAAUUAGUUUCAUGAUAAAACUUUACACGAACAUGAAUCACUAGUUUAAGUUUCUCAGCAAACGGAAUUAUGUUUAUUUAAGUUUAAAUUAUGUUCAAGAGCGUUUCAAAAUAAAACUGUCAACUGAAGCUAAGCUAA